UCAAGCCCAACCCAGGUGGAACCCCAAAAAAUGAAAAAAAAAAAAAAAAAAAGUCAAUUCGGCCCGGACCCGGGCCCGACCCGGCCGGGCCGAUUCGCCAAAUACAGGCCCGAGCCCGGACCCGCCCCCCCAACGGGCCUAGGCCCGACCCGGACCCGAGAACCGGGCCAGUUCCGGGCCCGCACAGUAGCGGGCUGGGCCGGUCCCGGGCCGGGCGGCACGAACCGGGUCCAUGACUAAUUUGGAGGCUUUCUUUGUAUGUCAUCGUCUUUCUUUUCACCACAUAUGAUGUGGAUUUGAAAGCCAUUUAAUUAUUUAACAUUUGGCAUAAUUUAUUUAGACUAGACAUUGAUCCAUUGUGGAUGCUCUAAAUGAAUCAAUCAAUCAUAUUCUAUCGUUUCCACCCACUUCCAUCUUUUUCAUUUUUUAAAAAGGCCCAGCCCGGAAUAUAUUUACUCCCUCCAUCAUUUCUGUGACUCUUAUUAUGCAUAUAUCAUAUCUUGUUGGCAGAGUUAUACUAAAACGAAUCAUACCUUUUGAGUAUGUGAUUUUGUGAUGACUAACACAAACAUUAGUGUUUUAUUGAUGACUAACCAUGCAGAUAGAACAACAGAUAUAAUCACUCUCUGUUCUAUAAGGAAUAGAAGACAGAACUAUCAUUAGUUAUGUUAUGUGUGAAUGGUUGACUUACAUAUUAAUUGAUAAAGUGCCUACAUGAUAAUAAUUUGCUUAUAUGACUGCCCGUGAUUGCUAUGAAGGAUUUGGGAGACCUUCAUUAUUUUUUGGGUAUACAAGCCCGCAGAACAUCUCGCGACCUCUUAUUGUCCCAAUAAAAAUAUGUUUCUGAUCUUUUACACCGUUUUCAUCUCCAUACCGUCAAACCGGUACGUACUCCACUUCCCUCACGCACCACUCUCUCCAUCACAGAUGGGGAACUUUUAUCUGAUGCCACUGAGUAUCGCAGCAUGGUAGGGGCUCUACAGUACUUGGUUAUAACUAGACCUGAUAUUACAUAUGAUGUUCAUCUGGUAUCUCAGUUCAUGCAUGCUCCACGUACUACUCACUUAUUGGCUGUGAAGAGAAUUUACAGGUAUCUACAGGGAACAUCAGAUCACGGCCUAUGGCUUAAAUCAGAUAGAAAUAUUUCUGUUAUUAUGGCAUAUUCUGAUGCAGAUUGGGCAGGGUGUCCAGACAGCUCACGCUCCACUAUUGGCUAUGCUGUGUUCCUUGGCUCUAAUUUUGUAUCCUGGCGGUCCAAGAAGCAACCCACAAUGUCCAAAUCCUCUACCGAAGCUGAGUACAGGGCUAUUGCUUAUACCGUUCAGGACACACUCUUUGUUCAUGCACUAUUGGCCGAUAUGGGCAUUUUUAUUUCUGCUCCUGUUCAACUUUACUGUGAUAAUGUGUCUGCAUCAUAUUUGGCGGUAAAUCCUAUUCAGCAUGAUCGGAGCAAGCAUAUCAAGAUUGACUAUCAUUUUGUUCGGGAACGUGUGACGCAUGGCGACUUGGUUGUCAAGCACAUUCCUACUCAGUUACAGUUACCUGAUAUAUUUACUAAGAAUUUAUCUAGGCAGCGUUUUGAGAUUUUGCGUUCCGAUCUGCACGUGGUUUCCCCUGCACAGAUUGAGGGGGUGUGAUCGGGCUGAACUUGCAAGUAUACAAGUGUCGAUGUAGUAAUAAAAUACCGGUAAAUACCGGGUCGAUCCACAGGGAAAUGGUUGAUAUUAUAAAGUCGAGUAUUGAAUGCAAGGAAUAUAAA